UGCUGUUGCCAAGGGAACGAGCUCCCUCCACCAAUGUUUCCGGGCUCUCCAGCCCUCCCCGGCCCUAGCCAUGGCUCAGGAGACUGAAAACCAGGACCCCAUCGGAACCAUCUUAAUCCAGGUCCAUGAUGACCUUCAGCAAUUACAGGAGAAAUUAGCCGACUUCCCAUCUGAAGAAGGAGAGACUCUAGACAUUCAGAAUCUUCAAACAGCAAUCAAAAGGACUGAAAUGGGGUUAAGAAUUCACAUUGAGAAGUAUUUAAAUGUUGUAAACCAUCAAGUGUUAACGACUCCCAUUAGUGAGAAUAAGUUAUUUUCUCCCCACACUUCCGAAUGGUUGAUUCCAACUGUAAUUGAUCAGAAAUUAUUUAUUUUCCCUUUGGAAUCUGAGGGUAAACUUUGGCCACCCCAAAGACAGUGUGUAUUUCCACAUGCCUUUCCAAGAACAAAGCGAAAGAUAGGGUUGGAUGUAAAAAUCAUGCAGGAUCCUGAAAACCUCCGCCACAGAGCUGCUGUCAAUGAGAACUAUGGAAUCAGUUUGCCAAGUAUUAAUCAGAGAAAAGCCUGUAAGGGCCUUGUAGACAUGGGGAGACCAGAAGGAACCUCUGAAACUGUUUGUACUGACUGACAUUUAGUUCCAGCCAGACAGUCCCAUGCAACCCAUUAAAAGAUCUACAGAAAAUUUGACUUAGAUUUACUUUUUAAAAUAAAAAGGGUUUCUUAAAAGAUUUGAAACAUGGAUCUGUUAACAUGAAUUUUAAAAGAACGAUUAUGAAUGCAUAACAAAAUAGCCAAACAAAACAUUGCUUUGAAUUGCUGCGCAAAUAACUCUGAUUAUAACUGUUAUGACCUAGAAAAGAAUCGUAAAAACAUUUUUCUUUUUGGCAAGAUGUGAGUUGCUGUAGAAUUAUACUAGUUCUUUGGUCCCACUUUCCAAAUAAAUAAAUAUAUAAUGCAAUGUAAA